UUGUCCCACUGUUGAGCGUUGGCCCCGAGGUGGGAGGAAGGAGUCGGCGAGCUGCGCGCGUGCGCAUAGAGCUGCCACGCGGGAAGUACGUCCUUCUGGCCUGGACCGGCAGAAUGGAAGAACUCGGGUCCCCAGAGGCAGCGUUGACGGGGCCAGAGGUAGUCAUGGCUACCGAGCCCGAGGCGCCCUCCCUUGUGGAUCGAUACUUCACUCGCUGGUAUAAAGCGGAUGUUAAAGGAAAACCCUGUGAGGACCACUGUAUACUACAACACUCCAACCGAAUAUGUGUCAUCACGCUGGCAGGAUCUCAUCCCGUUCUUCAAAGUGGCAAAACUAUUAAAAGUAUUUCCUAUCAGAUCAGUACCAACUGUAGCAGACUUCAGAACAAAGUAUCUGGCAAAUUUAAGAGGGGGGCACAGUUUUUAACAGAACUCGCACCUCUGUGUAAGAUACAAUGCUCCGAUGGAGAAGAAUUUACCAUAUCUAGCUGUGUUAGAGGACGAUUGAUGGAAGUGAAUGAAAAUAUUCUUCAUCAGCCGUCUCUUCUUCAAGAAAAGCCAUCCACUGAAGGCUACAUUGCAGUUGUAUUACCCAAAUUUGAAGAAAGUAAAAGCAUAACAGAAGGGUUACUGACACAGCAACAGUAUGAAGAAGUCGUAGUAAAAAGAAAUAAUGCUACAGCCACAUCAUGAGCCUUGAGAUGGAGACACACCCUACCUGGCCUCAACCAUCAGUGCACUGAAGAAAGUAAUUGUAUGUGAAGUAUUCCUCACACAUGGCCAUAGGAGAAGCCUAAUCCCUCAUCUAACCUAAUUCCCCUCCUUUGUUGUAAUGUCACAAGCCUUGGUCCUCAUUUGUAGUCAAGCUCUCAGGCUGCCUUGCCUGGGUACUUGCUUUGGGUGUUGGGAAGUGCAGUUGUGGGUGUUUGCUUGCAUAUGGACAUCAGAAAACAACUUCGGUUGUUUUUUACCUCUUGUUAGGCUCUCUUUGGCUUAGAAUUUUGGCAGAUAACUCAUGAACUUCCAGGGAGACACCCAUCACCUUUGCCUCCCAUCUUGUAAGGCUAGUAUUAUGAGUGAACACUCCACAGUCAGCUUUUAUAUGGGCCAGAAAUCCCAAACUCAGGUCUUCAUGUGUUCAAGGUGUAUUCCUUUUCAGUUCCUGUGAUAGAAUACAAUAACUAAAAGCAACUUCAACAAGAGUUUAUUUGGGUUUGUAGUUCUAGAGGACUAGAUGUCCACCCUGGUAGGAAGGAAUGGUAGCAAGAGCAGGAAGCUGAGAGGUCACAUCUCUACCAUACACAAAAAGCAGAGAGUAAAGGGAAAGUAAGGUAAGGUUAUUAACUGACCCUAGUGAUGUAAUUGCCCCAGCGAGACUACUUGUCCUAAAAGUUCCACAAACUGGGGACCAACUGUUCAAAUACAUAAGUCUAUGGGGGUUAUUUUUUUUAUAUCAAUCUAUACCAUUCUUCCCAUGAUCCUUAUAGGCAUAUAGCCAUGACAUGCAAAAUGCAGUUAAUCUAAUCUCAAAAAUCCCCAUACUCAUUCCUGUUCUGAAAUCUAAAGUCUUCUUCUAAGACUCAGUGCAAUCUCUUGUGUCCCCCAGUAAAUCAGAAAACCAGUUACAUACUUCCAACAUACAAUGGCACAGAAUAUGCAUUCCCAUUCCAAAAGGAAGAAAUAAUGGGCAUAGUGAGGAAAUACUGAGCCAAAGCAAGGCAGAAACCAGCCAAUCCUGCAGCUGCAUGUCUACUAUCUAAGGGUUUGGUUUCAAAGGGAUUAGUUGACUGCCUCUCCAGCUUUGCUGCCUGCAUUAUAGAUUUUUUUCUGCAUUGUUCUGCUCUGUGUGCAGCUCUCCUUAGCAAUAUGUUUCACAGCUUUGGUAUUUCCAGUGUCUUGGGGCCCAGCUCCAUGUGGCCUCUCAUGGCUGGCCUUCUUGCAGAGACUAUCUCUACUAUAUGCUGCUUGGCCUCUAGCUUUCUGAAGCCAAGAAGGAAGAAUCCAGAAUCCUUUCAUUCUUUUAUGCCUCCAAAGCUAGUAUCAUGUGGAAAAUACUUAAAUAUUAGACUACCAGCUUUCAUUCCCUUGAUCAUAUCCACAGCAGCGCUCGUGUUGUGUUGUUUUCUAGGAGCAAAGAGCCAGUAUCUUAGGUUCUUUCACAGAUUGGAGGUUUAUCUGGGUGGAGUCUUGCCUUGGCCAGCUGUCCCAUUGUUCCAG